AUGGCACUGGCCAUGCGCCAACGGAGGAAACCUUCGAGAAUGACUCUUACACAAGAUGCAGGGAAGACAGACACCGGCAGAAAAACACCAAAGAGGGACACAGCAGGUCCUUUUGCAGGAAUGAAUCAAACCGUGGCACGAUUCCCUGUUGCGAGACCACCUCGACCGGUGCCCUCACGAGUCCGAAUGUCCCUUAGGUCCAAGAUCAAGGAGCGCGCAACCACAACCAAGUUGCAGCCGAACACUACAGCGCCUCAUGACCAAGAUCGGGUCUCUGCUGUCCCGUCAAUUUCAUACCCGAAGAAGGAGAAAAAGGACAAAGAUGAACGACCACUCUUCCACGCAUUGAAAAUGCAGCAGAUCCUCACUCCCCUAUCCUACGGCCAACGGACCAAACUAAAGCAGCAAAUGGAGAAAAUUACCUCCUUUGAAGAGCUGGGACUGAUGCCUUCGGUUGUCGACUCUAUCUAUACCCAAGUCUUGCCACAUCUGACGGAAUAUACACCCACACCUGUACAGAAACUGGCGAUUCCUGCACUCCUCAGUAGAAAGGGCGAGUAUCAAAAACAGAAGCAGGUGGAUCCAGAUGGAAAUCCUGUCCCAAAUAAAUACAAGACAUUCCUUCUCGCCGCAGAGACCGGUUCAGGGAAGACGCUGGCGUACCUUUUGCCCGUCAUCAACGCCGUUAAGCAACAAGAAGAGGUGGAUCGGAAUGAAGAGCUCGAGCGUGAAGCCCGGAGUGUCAAAGAAAAGGAAGAAAAAGACAAGAACCGCGUCUUUGAAGCAGAUCCCUCGGAGGCUGAUGAACCAUCACCAAACCAGUCAAUGGGCCGACCUCGAGCCCUCAUCCUCCUCCCCUCCUCCGAACUUGUUGCGCAGGUUACAAAGGUCGUCAAAGUCAUCGGCCACACCGUGAAAUAUCGCUCUGCGGGGAUUUCUUCUUCGAACACACCCACAGUCAUUCGAAACCGACUCUUCAAUCCUCAGGGGAUAGAUAUUCUCGUUUCCUCACCUCAUCUAAUCGCCAGCAUCGCGAAAAAGGAGCCAAACAUCUUAUCACGGAUACAAUAUCUGGUCAUGGACGAGGCUGACUCCCUUUUCGACCGCUCCUUUAGUGAGACCACAUGCGAAAUCAUCGAUCGUGCAGCCCCCUCAUUAAAGCAGCUGAUCCUCUGCUCUGCCACUAUUCCAAACAGCCUUGACAAGUUCAUUGAUAAGAGGUUCCCCGAUUGUAAACGAAUCGUCACACCCAAGCUCCAUACGAUUCCGCGCCGAGUACAACUGGGUGCUGUGGAUAUCGACAAAGAUCCCUAUCGUGGCAGUCGGGAGUUAGCGUGCGCGGACGUGAUAUGGACACUAGGAAAGGCGGUGCACGAAGACCUUAACCCCAAAAACACCGUCAAGCAUAUCCUUGUUUUUGUCAACGAGCGGGAGAAAGCAGAAGAAGUUGCGCGAUUUCUAGUAUCAAAGGGGAUCGAGGCCGUGGCAUUGACGAGAGAUACUACGGAACAGCGCCAGGCUGAAAUUCUCGCAACAUUCACCUCUGUGGACCGCGUCGAAGGCUCGUCCAAACCGUCUUCUUCCCCAUCCUCGACCUCCAAGAAACUGUUCAAAGACUUUGUUCCCUUCGACCGUUCAUCUACCCCUUCGACGUCUGGGAUCAAUCUCAGUCAACCAUCUAGACCAACCAGGCAUCUCCCGGAUGUCAAGGUUCUCGUGACCACCGACCUUGGUUCGCGGGGCGUCGAUACUCUCGCAGUCCGGCACGUGGUUCUGUAUGACGUCCCGCAUACUACAAUAGACUUCGUCCACCGGUUGGGACGCAUGGGCAGGAUGAACCGGCGAGGAAGGGGGAUUGUGCUGAUGGGAGGCAAAGAUCGAAAGGACGUCAUUAGCGAGGUCAGGGAGGCCAUGUUUAGAGGGCAGGCUCUGAUCUGA